AUGAAGAGUUUUGCUCUCCUUUUCCUCGUUGUCAUCUGUGGCAUGGGAGGACUGGGACAGAAGCUGAAGCCAAAGAAAAGAAGCAACGGUGAAGAAAUCAAAUUUCGGACUAAAACCAAAGAUGUUUGCACAAUAACCAUGAGUGGCGACGACGAGGAGAUGAAACUUAGAAUUGAAUGCAAAAGCCAAGGCUUGUCCUACUGGUGUGAAUUCACUGGCAAGCCAUCAGUCUGUCGUGCUUUCAGAAAUAAUCCAAAGAUUUACUGGAAUCAGAUUGCCGCAGAGCUCAGAAAGAUCCCGCAUGCUUGUGAAUCCAUGGAAGUGUUGAAGACCACCAUGUGCCAAAAGGCUCCCCCAGAGGCUCUCAUGAGGCAAAUAGCUGCUGGUGUGGAGCCAGAAGAUCUAGCAGACCAGGAAAAAUCAGUCCAGAAAGCUUCCAUUCCUAUGGGAGAAGCAGGGCAAAACUCUGACCUAACCCAACACGGUCAAGGGUCUGAAAAUGAAACAGAAGCAAUGAAACUGGCACGGGAACACUGCUGGGAAUCUCUGCAUGGUGUCUGCUCCUACAUCAUUGGCAUCCUUAGGGGUUAAGGAUUUGCUUCAGGUAAAACUAAUCUGAAAGCACAGUAGAAUAUACCUAAGAGUGAUUCUGUUCUACAUUUUUUUUUUAUUUUGGGGUCUCCAGGAUGUGUACAGGGAGGUGCUAAGCUCGCUUGCUAAAAUCUAACAUUACAAAGCUUUUGAGGGGCUGGACAGCUUAAAUUUCCAGUGAUCCAUAU